AAUUUCAAUUAACCUCAAAUUACCUCAAAUUUUCCAAUCAAACUUGGUACGAAAACAACUUUGCUUAUGGUUUCAGACAAUUUUGCAAUUUUAGUCCGACUGAGGGGGCACAAGGAUAAUUGGGAAGACACCGGUGUGUGAAGUCAGAAGUCUAAAGUCGAAGGUCGAGUUGGGAAUCUUAUUCGGAUACUGCCGGCUGGUGACUAUGAGUUUGGCACUCAUACAAGGCUACUCCUCGGCGGAUGAAGAAGAGCAAGAACACGAACGCGAACACGAAUCUCAGGACCACAAAUCCUCUGACGAGGAAAACGACGACGUUACGCAGAAUCGUUACAAACCCUUUUUUGACCCUAACCCUUCUUCCUCUUCCUUGCUUCCGUCUGCUCUUGACGCCUUUUCCGAAAUUUCAGGGCCACCGGAGUUUUUGAACAGUGUUGAAGAAGCUGGAAAGGAUGUGGAUGUACAGCGACACGGUCACCGUAAGUACAGCAGAAACAAGAAUGAUUUACCAGCUGGUGCCAUUGUAGAGUCAAAGGCUCAGUUAGUAGGGAUCCAUGAGAGGGUGCGAAGUGAUGUUGGUGGGGGCAUCCCAAAGACAGUCACUGGUCAAGCAAAUGCUUUUGUUGGCACUGUACAAAGAGGAAAACCUAUGGCAACUGCGAGCUAUCAUGGUGCAGAAGAUGCAAUAGAGCUUCUGAGGAUGUGCUUGAGGUGUGGAAUUCCCAAAACAUAUACUCACACGAGAGGGAUGGUGUGCCCAGCAUGUGGUGUUCUCCCUGUAAACCCUGACGAAGAACCAGUCAAGAAGAAGGGGUCUACCGUCAAAGACAAGGAGAAGAGUAAGAGGAUGAAGGGGCAAUCAUCCCAUGCAACAUGGAAAAGUGAGACAGAAAUGCAUCUCCGCCAACAAUUUGAUUAGUCAAGUCAAACAAGUUGGUCCAAAAUAUAUGUAGGUCCUCCGCUAGCAUAAUCGAUCAACUCUCUACUUGUAGAAGCUCUACUCAGCUGAUGUGAACUGGGAAUUAUGCGGUAAUCUGGCUAAAGUGCAAUCUGUGAUGUAGAUUUUGGUCGGCCUUGAAGCCAAGGUUGGCCCACUUUGUACUUCUGCCUCUUUUGUUCUUUUUUCUCAUGUUUCGACAGAACUUUGGUUUUUAAUGCUUCUUGUUUGGAAGAAGUCGUGCACUCAACACGAGUCAGGAUCUUUGGUCGUCUUCUACUGGUGACUUGAUUAUACAUCACGUAAGGAUCAAUUUGCAACUUAACGAUGUUUGUAUAAAAUUGCAUGUUUUUUUAGCCUUCAAA